AUGGGCAUUUGUACUAGCAAACCAAAACCAACAUAAUAAUACAAACUAGAACUAAGAAUCCACACCAUUACUAACACUCAACUUUAAAGGUAACUAUCUUAACCAUCCUUUUAUCGUUCUAUUGAUAAAGGUUAUUAAAUUGCACAAGAAAAUGAUGUCUCCUGA